AAGAGCCAACUCCUCGUGGCGUCACUUCCGCUUGAUGUCUCUCUCACAACAUCAAGCUAGAGGUGCGGCUAAAAGCUAAAGCUACAUCUAUUGUCAACACAUUUCCCAACACACGCAAAGGGAAACAUGUCAGACACGGAGACAAAACCAUCCAGCCAAGACGCGGGGGAUAAGAAAGAUGGAGAGUACAUCAAAUUAAAAGUGAUCGGUCAGGAUAGCAGUGAAAUCCACUUCAAGGUGAAAAUGACGACACAUCUAAAGAAGCUGAAAGAGUCGUACAGCCAGAGACAGGGUGUCCCAGCCAACACGCUAAGGUUUCUGUUUGAAGGGCAAAGAAUCGCAGACAACCAAACUCCAAAAGAGCUGGGGAUGGAGGAUGAGGACGUCAUCGAGGUGUAUCAAGAACAGACCGGUGGAUUUUGGAACGAUUAAGCAUCCUGCGUUUCUUAAAAAAAAAAAAAAAAAAAAAAAAAGAAUCUUUUUCCUAUUUUGUAUUUUAUUUUGUAUGUACGUGCGUAUUUUUUGUUCAGUUUCAAACCAUCUGGAUCAAAAUGGACUCGAUUAGGGCUUCCAUGUGUGAGGGCGGGGAGGACGAGAGACUGAGAUGAGGAGUGGGAGGGGGGGGACACGGGGACACGGACGGCGGUGCAGGGACGCGUUCGCUCAGCGUGAGUGCUUCAUCUAAAUUUGCAUAUUUUAUGUUUCUGUAAUUACAUAACGCGCGUAAAGGAGCAGCUCAUCCAGACUUGACCCGACGACACAGAAAAACACUGAAGGAGAAUGAGUUUGGACUUUAGGAUUUACCGUCAGACGUAGAUUUCUCGAUGCACUGUUCCUUUAAAGCUGCAUUUCAUAAGCUGGCAUCAUUUCCCUAUUAUGCUUUUUAUAGGACAAACAGGUUUGAUCGCGCUCUGUUAAUCUGGUCGUCAAAGCUGCUAUUAUUUCUACGCAGACACUUCAUUCCACAUGCGUUUCUCACGUCUGAGGCAUUUAACACACACUUCAGAUUCACACGCCGGACACGAUCCUCAGCAGCUUGAACCAUUCGCAGCCUGUGUGCGUGUGUUUGCGCCACCUUUUAAAAAAAACUGCACCAUAAUUAAAUUGUAAAGUCAUGUUAAUAAUUGACCCGUCAUGUUUGAGAUUUUUUUAAAAUGCUAAAUGUGCUUUACUUGUGCGUGUUGUAUUCAGUACCAGUGUUUGGAUGAUAUGCCAUGUGUGUCUCCGGUGUCGUCGUUUAUUUAUAUUUAAGGGUUUCAUUCUGUAGUGAUGGAUCAGAAUAUAUAUAUAUAUA